AUGUCGUACUACGAUCCAACUGCCAUUGAAGGUUCGAGCUACAAUCCAAUCGUUAUUCCCGAUCCGAGCCACACGGAGCCAGAAGAUCGCUGGAUCAGUCACCGUGACUACUCAGCUCGAACCGUCAGUGCCGAUUCUGACUUCACGAGAUCGUCCUCUCGCGCUGCAUCGGCAACCACAACAGCCAGUCUACGGGAAGCCUCGACGUGUCGCACAAGUCUUUCGGCUUCUGCCAGUCCUCCUUUGUCACCCCUCACACCAUUCAGAUGGCACCGGGUGUCCAGUAGUCCAGAACCCGCAAGCGAGCAUCAUGACACCUCACGUCCAUUCGAGCGUUCUAACGAGCGGACCUCAAUUAUAGACCAUCUAGUGGAUGUGUCGAAUAACACCUUGCCGACUCUCGGUGGUGUCGGUACGAGCUAUUGUACGAUAGACGACAUGGACAUUGACGAUGAGGAUCCCUUGAGCGACACGGAGGAGUGGGCAGCGCCCUUGACGUCGUCUGAUCGAUACAAGGGGCCACAAGACUUCGCAGAGGCCAGUCAGUGCGAUGGGUCGGAUGUGGUUUCUGGCAACCGCGGCGCUUUGCCGUGCUUAAGCGUGGCCGCAGAUCCACCAAGUUGUAUGAAUGCUCCAGUCACUCCUGGCAACUUCCUAGCAAAGCUAACAAAGAAAAACUUACAGUCUACACCGAGCUCGCGCUCAACCUGUAUUUACUACAGGGAGCCUGAGCAGUAUGUCUCAGACAUGCCGAGGACCGAAUCCAGCUUGACGGUUUCGACAAUGGAGAACUGUACGCCGGAGCCCGAUCUCCAGAGACUGAUACCAACCAGAACGCAGCCUACCACAACUCCACAGCUCACAGUCUAUGCUGAGUCGCAUAUACAAGCAGAUACGGCUCACGAACCAUAUCGAUCAGUAGCGCUGGGCACCGUCGAUAAGGUCCCUGGCAGUCAAAAUGGUCGAAGUCUGCCGGGGGUUCGACGCAAUCCUCUACGUUGCACAAGGCAAAAGACUACAAUCACAAGACCCCAAAAGUAUCUUCCAGCUCCGAGAGUCGUAUCAAGAAGGGGGAUAAAUCGGGAGCGACAACCCGAGCGGAAGUCCGGCAAUCGGACGACGACGACCCGACGACGCGCCAAAGUCCAAGCUGGGCUCGAAGCUCUCAAGCAGUCGCAACUCGACGAUGCAGACUUAAACAUAGCAGAGAAGGGCGGGCAAACUGUGCUCACCUUCAGUCUUCCGAGCACGAGCCUUGUGAUGUCAUGUCCGCAGCAUAAGGCGGUCACGCCUGCUUCGCAUUGUGAGUGUUUCGAAGGAAUGAUGCUGGAUUUCUCGGCUAACUUUGAUGCAGCUAAUAGAAAAUAUCCAUUCAAGAGGCUGCUUGAGAAGCGAAACGAGUUUCUAGUUGAGUGGGAGACUGGCGAGAUGACAUGGGAGCCUGAAGUGAACUUUGACUGUAAAGACAUUGAAGAAUUCGAGAAACGGGAUGUUGGUUUUGGUCCUGGAGUUGAGUCCAUCCUCGGCUCAAGAAAAAGAUGCGGAAGGGCAUAAUUGCUCCUCGUAUGGCGCGGACGACCGGAAUCAGAAGCGUAUUGGGUUGAUAAGAACAAGGUCUCACGGUCUUACCUCGAAGAGCGUAAAUUGUCAUAGCAAGAGGCUUCUGGCCUUUAGUGGAGCUGCUAUUAAAAUUAAUAGAAGCAAACUACUACUGAAC